CCUCCACAUUCCGAGUACGCUUUUCCGGUCUCGCCCAAUGGCACACGCGAGUCAUCCUGCGCAGUCUCUCUCGUGACGACAGGCGGUCACUCGUUUUCCUGCCGCUUGCCACAACUGUUGGUGAGUCUCCUUUUUCAGCACUCUUCAAAUCCCACUUUGCUCCCGCUGGGAGAUGCGCCCUUUUGCCUGCUGCCUCCAGAAGGCGUUAAUGCCGGGCAAAAUUGCCAAGACGAAUGA